AUGGAAGUUAUAGUGCAAGAUGAUUGCCGAUUUAGGCCUACAUUUGAAAAUUAUAUCACAAUUAUUUCAUUUUGUAUUAUUUUUUGCCUCUCUGUUAUUGGUAAUGCAGUUGUUGUUGCUGUCAUUUUGCAGCAACAUUCAAUGCGAUCAGUAACAAAUAUUUAUUUGUUAAAUUUGGCAAUAUCUGAUUUGAUGUUAUCAGUAAUUUGCAUGCCACCAACUCUUAUUAGUUCCGUUAUUUAUUGUUGGAUAUUUGGCGAUCUCCUUUGCAAGUUAUUUGCAUACUUACAACCAGUUGUAGUGACAGCAUCAGCUUAUACAUUAGCUGUAAUAGCAUUUGAACGAUACUAUGCCAUCUGCAAGCCUUUACAUUCGAGAAUUUGGCAUACUCGAUCACAUGCCUAUACAAUGAUCACUUUAGUUUGGCUUAUUUCUAUCCUGGCUAAUUUAUUUAUGCUUUUCAUGUUCGAAUUACAAACUUAUAAUGUGAACGGCUUAACAUGUGCACCCAAGCAUCGACCUAUCCUUCAUUUCGGUUAUCAAAUAUAUAUGACCUCAGUAUUACUGCUUAUUCCAUUAUGCAUAAUGAUCGUUUUAUAUGGAUCAGUGAUACAUGCACUUAGAGUUGACAUGAAGAUCGAUCAUACUUCCACUGCAACAACUGAAAAUCUCGGUGCUACGACAAGGAACGAUGAGCGACAUGAGAAUACCAUGCGUGGCAGCUUGAAAAUGUUGAAAAACAAGAAUAGAAAAAAUAUAAAUUCCAAUUCAUCAACGAAAUUCAAUUGCUUCAGUUGUUUUUAUACUUCAAUGAAGCAAAUACGAAAUAAUUCUGAUGCAACAUCCUUAACUGUUAGACGAAAAAAUAAAUCGAUGGAUUUUACCAAUAAAAGUAGUCUUCGGUCUACUCACAGUGAACGGUCAGUUCUGGCCAAACAACGUGUUAUCAAAAUGCUCAUCGUUAUUGUUAUCAUAUUUUUUUGCUGUUGGACACCAAAUUAUAUGUGGUGGCUAUUGCUAACAGCUCAAGAUUCAUUUAGGACUUUCGAUAUUUGGAAUUCAGAAGUAAACACAGCAAUAACAGUACUUUGUUACAUAUCUUCAUGUGCUAAUCCGAUCACUUACUGUUUCUUGAAUAAGAAAUUUCGUACCGCACUUCUAGUUACGUUUGGUUGUUUACGGAAAACUCCGAAUAACUUCUCUACGAUUUAUUUACCCGAACCAGCAAUGGACACAUUGACACAAAAGAAAUCAAACGAUGAAAUGACAGCCUUUCGGACAGAAAGGAUGAGUCAGAAUAAUCAAUCAUCAAUAAAUGUCAUUCAUUCUAAAACGGUAUUUUAUGGUGCAGGUUCAACCACAACAACAAUAGCAACAACAACAACAACAACAGGUCAUCAGGAAAGGAAGAAGCCAGUAUUCGAGUUAUAG